AUGAGGGCGGCACGGAAGCUCUGGGUUAUCCUCGUAACGCUAGGGGCUUUUUGCGUCCUCGCAGCCAUAGCAACAAAUUUGGCAGCCGUCAUUCUUCCCCAUUGGAUGGAAUAUAGCAAAACCAGCGCGGUAGUCUACUCGAAUAGAGGACUCUUUCAAAACUGCAUGGGUAAGUUUGAGGGAGGCAUUGAAAUUAAUCAAAUAUCCCAUUUUAAUAUACUGCAAAGGCCAGUUCUCUCAGGGUCCUAUGGCAGUGAGUGUCUGGAAAUUUCGAGUCCCCUGCAUCCAUACUGGGAAUGUCUCAGGCUUACAGACUGGGCAUUGCAGGUAACCGCGCUUGGGCUGGGAGCUUUCGUCACAUUUGCUUGUAUUUCGUAUCUGCUGGUAGUACGCUACUGCAUGAGCAAACCUAGUGCACAGAGUGCUCAAUCCUGCCUAGUUAUCUCGGGCUACCUCCUAUGGCUUUCAGCUAUUUUAACCAUACUGGGGAUCAUAUCUUUCGAGGGCAGCUCAAUCCUUGAAUCAAUCACUACCAACAUCGACAUAAAAGGCAUGACAGGAAGUCUACCGGCUAAUGACUGGAAAACACUGGAAGAAAACUAUGGUGUGUCCUCCCAUCUCAGCUGGGCGAGCGUAGCCCUUGGAAUGGCAGGGAGUUGGUUCUGGAUUGUUGCCUCUUUUGUUCAACCACCACCGCAUAUAACAUCACCAUCGAUGCUUGCAUUGUCGUCCUCCUCAACUGUUCCUCUCUAUCCACUGACGCAAAAACAAUCUCAGUAG